GUGGUAUUCCAAUACUAGACCGACUAUUUAGUUGAAGUCAAAUAUCUUCCUCUUUCUCUCUGUGUGCGCGCUUUCCUUUGUUGUCUGAGCUUGGAGGUGUAACCGGGACGAGUGUGAUCCGGUACCGUGAUUGCUUCGUCCUGGAAUUGCUUCUGGCCCCGACUUCCUCUGCUCCUGGAGUACGGAUAAUAAUCUAUCAGCUGCUUUUCGAGUCCUCUAGAAAACAGUCCCUCGUUGAACCGUGGAGACCGACGAUUCGGAUGAGCGCAAGCGAAACGCUCUCUCUGCAAUUCUUCCAGUUUUGAUUGUUGUAGGAUUUCAGUAAGAUGCAAUCAGACAUCUACGAUCUGUUUGGAGCAGCUCAUACCCGUUGGCUGAAGCCUGCGGAGGUGCUCUUCAUUUUACAAAACCACGAGAAAUACAAAAUCACCGAGGAGCCCCCUCGACAGCCAGCUAGUGGAUCUUUGUUUCUAUUCAACAAAAGGGUCCUUAGGUUCUUCCGUAGAGAUGGUCAUAAUUGGCGUAAAAAGAAGGAUGGAAAGACUGUUGUGGAAGCGCGCGAGCGACUUAAGGUCAGAAAUGUUGAAGCAUUAAAUUGCUAUUAUGCACAUGGAGAGCAGAAUCCCGGUUUUCAGAGACGUAGCUAUUGGAUGCUGGAUCCGGCAUAUGAGCACAUUGUUCUGGUACAUUACAGAGAGUUAAGUGAGGAUAUCUUUGAUCCGUGUCAUUUGUUUCGAGGGGAACAGUUCGAUGAUAACAAGGACGAUAAAAUACAUACCUCUAUCUCCUCCUCUGUUAUUACUACCAAUUCCUCUUAUGCUGACAAUUUGGAUCCAUUGGAUCUACAUGCAGACCCACCGGAUCUUGCUGAGGAAGCACUGUCGCAAUGUGACGAAUUUUUACCGGAACCUUUUGCAGAGGAAGGAAUUGAAAAACAAAUAACUUCAGAGUCUCAAGGAAUGGUGUUUGACGUUGAAACGGUUGAGAUGAAGAGUUCUGGUGAAAAAAUUGGGGUAGAAUUUGAAGCUUCUGGGCAAGAUAAGAAGUUUGAAAUUGAAGAUAUUGGGAUAGAACGGCCUGAAACUUCAGAUAUAGACCGUAACACCUUUUCUAUUAUUCAAGGUGAGGCACAUCAAUUGUGUCGUAUGUGGGGUGGUUUAGGAUUAACUGAAACGCCAAAGGAAGAGGACUGGAAAAAUGUCAAAGAGAUUUACUUGAUGCACAAUGAGUUAUCUAGUUUACCUGAGAAUCCAAGGUGCUCCAUGCUCUUAGCAUUGUUCCUUCAUGGAAACCACAAAUUGAGAACGAUCCCUCCCUCAUUUUUCGAUAACAUGCCUGCUCUCCAAAUCUUGAACUUAUCUAGGACCGGCAUCAGGUCUUUGCCGGAGUCCAUUGUCAGAUUAGUCAACCUCAAAAGACUAUCUUUAAGUUACUGUCAUUGUUUCAUGAGGUUGUCGCCCAAAGUUGGAGAGCUGAAGCAGCUUGAGGUUCUUGAUCUUGAAGGGACAGAUAUUAUGGAUUUACCUAAGGAGAUUAAGGAGUUAACUAAUCUCACAUGCUUGAAGGUUUCACUUUAUUCAUGUAUGAGUAAUGGUAGGAGAGCCAUGCAAUCAGAUGUAGUGGUUCCUUGUGGUAUAAUUUCGGCAUUGUCUCAUUUAGAGGAGUUAAAUAUGAGUGUGAAUCCAGAUGACAAACGGUGGAAUGCAUGUGUGGAAGCUAUUGUUACUGAAGUAUGUACCUUGCAGAGUUUGAACACACUUAAAUUCUAUUUUCCAAGAGUAGAACUUGUGAGGCACUUUCUAUUGAAUAGCCCAAUGUGGGUGCAUCCAUCACUGUCAAAUUUUAGAUUUACCGUUGGCCAUCAUGUCAAGCGCACUAUGUCUCGACUCCCUAGCGAUGUUGAGUUUGAGUUGGAACGAUGGGAGAGAUGUUUGAAAUACAUAAAUGGUGUGGCUGUUCCAAGAGAGAUUAAGAAGGUACUCCAAUAUUCAACUGCAUUUUUCUUGGAACGGCAUGCAACUGUUAAGAAGCUAUCAGAUUUUGGCAUUGAAACUAUGAAGCAACUAAAAUAUUGUGUUGUGGGGGAAUGUAAUGAGGUUGAAGUUAUUAUAGAUGCAACAGAUGCUCACGAAGAAGCUAGUGAAGCAGAUGCUCACGAAGCAGAUGAUGAAGCAAAUGCUCACGAAGAAGAUUGUAAAGCAGAUGCUCACGAAGGAGAUAGUGAAUCAGAUACUCAGGAAGAAGAUAGUGAAGCAGAUGCUCACGAAGAAGACAAUGAAGCAGAUACUCAUGAAGAAGAUGAUGAAGUAGAGGCUUGCAGAGAAGAUGGUAGCAGUGGAAUUGUAUCUAAAACAUCUGGUGCUAAAACAAUUGUACUUGGAUCACUUGAAUACCUCUACAUAUAUUAUAUGAAGAAUCUAAGGAGGAUAUGGGAGGGGCCAGUACAACCAAAGUGUUUAUCUCUUCUGAAGUCCUUGACAUUGCGCACAUGUCCCCAAUUGACCACUAUUUUCACAACAUGUUUACUUGAUAAUCUCUGUAAUUUAGAAGAGCUUACAGUUGAAGAUUGCCCCUCCAUUAAAACUUUAGUAAGCUGCAAAAUUUCUGCUGAGCCUAAAACCUCUGACUUUCUCCCGAAUUUGAAGAGGAUUUCGCUUCACUACAUGCCUGGAUUAGUUAGCAUCUCUAGUGGUUUACACAUUGCACCAAGAUUAGAAUGUCUGAGUUUCUAUAAUUGUCCAAAUCUUAAGCACCUAUUGAUUGAGGAAGUAUCCAGUAAAGAUUUAAAGAAGAUCAAGGGUGAGUGGAAUUGGUGGGUAGCACUGAAGUGGAGAUGCGGCCGUCCGAGUUACUUGGAUGACAUUUUUGUUCCAAUCAACAUAUGAGAUUGCCGAGUGCUUGAGAUUUUCCCUAAUGGGAAUUAUUCUGUGCUUUGCCCUAUGAAGGUUAUAUAAUUGUAAGUUGAUGCAUCCUAUCCUUGGACUGCUUUCUCUCUCCUAUGCUCAUACUCUUGUAUCAACUAUGCCAUUGAGUGCUUAGUUCCCAAUUGCUUAAUACCUUCAGAUAUUGAUUUUGUUGCCUCCUCUGCUCUAAUAGAAGACAGAGUGUCAAGUGUCGCAUGCAGUUGGAUUUUUCUUUAUAAUUGCUAGAAAGUUGUGUUGUAGAAUAUGGAAUUGCAUGUGUAGGUAAAGAAUUGACAAUGUUUUCUUAUACUUCUACCUCUAUCUUAUUUGAGAAAUGUUUUUCUAAGGGAUAGUUGAGAUAGCAUUGUGGCAUUGACAGGCAACAAGGUUGGGUGUUGAAAGGGGGCUGGAUUUCUUAGUAGAGGAUAGAACUCAGAUACAUGUAAUAUAUUUUCUUCCUUGGGCAUAUACUCUUGGUCAGGCAAAAGAUUACAAUUCAUUUGAUAAAACUUUUUUAAUGGUGCUUUUUGUUUUUUGGUUGUGAUGUGAUAUAAGGAUGAAAGUAAUUUUGAA